CUGCCACCACGUCUAUUCCCCGCAAUAUAAUAGUGAUCCCUAAUAUGGCUGAUCAACAGUGGAGGAUGACGAAUCAGCACCAAGAAGAAGACAACGACGAAGAAGCGGUACCGGUGAGUCCUGUGGGACAAUACUUCAACAGCUCAGCGCUUUGCAUUUACAUUAUUGGCGUUUUAGAGUUCCAAGUUCCUUUGGAUGAAUCGCAAGCAAUUCCUCUCCUCCAACGUCUCUUCCUUCCCAUCAACCCUCGUUUCUCCUCCAUCAUGGUUGAAGACAGCAGUGGGGACAAACGAUGGAAGAAAGUUGAUGUAAACUUGAAAGAUCAUGUCAACAUUCCCUUAUUUCCUGAAUUCAAUUCAAUGAAACCAUAUGAUAAGUAUUUCACUGAUUAUCUGUCGAGAAUAGCAAUAGAGAAGCUUCCGGAAAACAGACCAUUAUGGGAAAUUCACGUCGUGAAUUACCCUACAAGCGGUGCAGCAAGUAGCCUCAUAUUCAAACUCCAUCAUGCCCUUGGAGAUGGAUACUCUCUCAUGGGUGCUCUUCUCUCUUGUCUUCAAAGAGCCGACGAUCCCUCUCUUCCUUUGUCUUUCCCUUCCCUCAAACCAUCAAAAUCUGCCAACAAAAACUUUUUUAGUACGUUUUCUUUGGUCAUGUCCUCAGCUUACAAUACUGUGGUAGAUUUCUACUGGAGCAUGUUGAAGAGUACCAUCAUUGAAGAUGAUAAGACACCAAUCAGGUCAGGUUUUGAAGGUACAGAAGUGCGCCCACUCACCAUAUCAACCAUGACCUUUUCCAUUGACCAAAUCAAAUUAAUCAAAUCAAGGCUUGGAGUGACAAUAAAUGAUGUGAUCACUGGGAUUAUCUUUUAUGGGACUCGAUUGUACAUGCAAGACAUAAAUAAGAAGUCAAGCUCUGCAAACUCCACGGCGUUGGUUCUGCUAAAAACGAGGAACACCGAAGGUUAUCAAUCCAUCGAUGAAAUGUUGAAUUCUAAGGCUAAAGGACCAUGGGGGAAUCGAAUUUCCUUCUUACAUGUGCCGAUUCCAAAGUUAGAACAUGACAGGAUUUCAAAUCCACUAGAAUUUAUCUGGGAAGCACACAAUAUAAUCAAGAGGAAGAAAAAAAUCUUUAGCGUCCCCAUCACCGGUAUUCUUCUAGAGAUGGAGGGUAAAUUCAGAGGACAUGAGGCAGUGGCUAAGCACAUUCAUGGGACGCUGUCAAAAUCAAGUACGGUAAUCACAAACUUGAUUGGACCGACGCAACCAAUGUCUUUGGCUAACCAUCCUGUGAAAGGCUUGUAUUUCACCCUUGCUGGAGGUCCUGAGAGCCUUGUGAUAUCAGUAAUGAGCUACAUGGGAGUGCUAAGAGUGACACUCAAGGCAGAAAAAUAUUUCAUUGACGAACACAAACUGAAUUCCCGCAUCAAAUGUGCUUUCGAGACAAUAUUCGACGCAGCUCUGGAAUUUUCUCAGCAAGCCAAAACUUAGAAGCUUCCUGCCGCAAAUCCUCCUACAGGAAAAAUAAUAAUUUUUCAGGUUUUUCCAGUCUUUAUCAUUGUUGUAUGUUUGCAUGUAAAAUUUUAACAAGGAAGUCCUUUUUAUUUGUCGAUUCCUCAUCAUCUCUCAUAUAUGUGUAAAGAAAUGUUAACUUGUUAAAUAAGAAUCUGAGUCCUAGAUUGUGAGCUUU